AGUUUUAAAGUUUUCGAUCUAGGGUUUGCUGUAUCAAAAUAAAUUGUGAUGUUUGAAUGCAGUACAUAAUUAUCUCGCCAACGUUAUCUAAAGCCUAUUAAAGCCAUAAAUUCUCACACCGUAUGAGUAAAUACAUAUGAAAUGAACAUUGAGUGCAUAAACAUCGCCACUGUUAAUGUAAACAAAUCGACCGGAUUGCCUUAAAGUGUUCUAUGCCAACUAUUUUAAUCAAUUCCUGGUGUAGAUGGGUCAGGAAAUACAAGGCCAAGCCUCUAAAAUACGUUAUUCUAGACUUACUCAUAGUAUUUCUUGUGUAAACUGUACCUUUAUUAUUACAAACAGUAAACACAUUGUAAUGGGCAAUAGUUAGCACGCUAUUGCCCUUUUAAAGCCCCGAUAUAUCUGCAUUUAGUUCUGUAGAGUAAAUGUUAUGACAAGAUUCAUCUGACCUGCCACUAAAGUUCCAGUAGUUGACGAACAUACAGGACAUUCAUGAUGGGAAAAAUAACAAUAAUGGUUGUACUCUGCUCAUUAGCGUGUGUGCAGGGACAAUUCUUCGAAGAUCGGCGGUGUAGGUGCGUCUGCCCUAGCCCGGCUUCGGUCCUAAAUAUCUCGUCAACUAGGCAAAUAUUCACAGGGAACGUUCCUCCAAAUAAGUGUCACUGCGAAGGCGUGGUCAUCCCUUUGAUCGGCAAGGAGAUCGAAGGGAAGGUCCACCUCCUUUGUCCGCGGUGCGAGUGUUCCUACCAGACUCGGAACACGACACUUAUUAUGGGCGUAGUGUUUCUUAUGCUAACACUGAUCGGGAUGGCGGUUAUUUACAUGAUCACCCUCCUGUGGCUGAACACCUGGGUCAUGAGUCAGCGGACGGAAACCCCAAGAGAUGCGAUAGAAAACGGCAAAGGUCGCACUGAGGAGGAGGUGGAAAUGGGCUUUAAAGAUGUGGCAGAACACGGAGGAACGAAUGAUAGCGAAGGUGCCAUUCGGAAGGAAAAUCAGACGACUUCUUUUUUGUCAAAAAACAACGAAUAUUUCUGGAUCAAAUCUUUGCCGGCAUUCAUCAUCAUAUUGGGAUCCAUAUCCAUUCACAAUCUGCCACGACUUUUGGGACUAUGGAACCGGGCGGCCUUAACUGCACCCCAAACGAUGAACAGACCAUCCACCCCGGAUUCGGAUGACGGGGAUCACAACGCUGACAACGCACCAACCAACGGACCAAUCCGCGUUGUAGAUGAACACUGGGCUAGACCAGUGCCAGGAACUCCUGACUUGAUCCGUCCCGCUUCCCCCCCGGACCGAAUGCAGUUAAGUUCCCCGGACCAGACUCCGCCAGCUGAGGCUCCAGAGGCUCCAAGACGCCGCGGGGGUAACUCGCUCAUGACAUUACGAGAUCUUGAGCGAGUCAAUUAUAAGCCUUUUUUCAGGCGGCAAUCGCGGCGGUACGUGCAGCGGCGCGUCCAGCGUGCAAGCGUUCUGACGACCGUCGACAUUCAGAACUAAUUGAAGUUCGAACCUGGAAGCCCGCUCGACGACGCGCUGCACGCUCAACCGCUGCGCUACACGUCCUGCUCUCAAUUUCCGCCCUCAAGCUGUGUUCAAACCAAACUGACCGUCAGCCGCCGAAUAUGAGCGAACGUUAUGCAGUUUGUUUUUUCAUAGGUACAUAUUCACUUGUUCGUUCACAACUAACCGAUGAUACGUCAAUACGCUAUGCAUAGACGCUGACAUUCGGCGGCUGACAGUCAGUUUAAUUUGAACGCAGCCUUACCGUAAACUAUAAUAAAUUAAUAAUUG